UGCCAUUGAAAAAGACGUACAAAUGCAUACAAAAAUAGCUACAUUUUUAGCACAAUUCAUCUACUUCAUUUUCCUGGAAUCCAAUUUCAAACCAAUAUUCACACCUUUGGAAACAUGGCUGCAACACAAGCUUCGAUUGCCGCUUUCCGGCCAUGCGCAUCAAAAACUCGGUUUUUGAAUGGAUCCUCUGGAAAAUUGAACCGGGAAGUGUCGGUUAAGCCCACAACUUCUUCGUCCUACAAUUCAUUCAAAGUCGAAGCCAAGAAAGGCGAAUGGCUACCCGGGUUGGCCUCUCCUACUUAUCUUGAUGGCAGUCUUCCAGGUGACAAUGGAUUUGAUCCAUUGGGACUUGCUGAGGAUCCAGAGAAUUUGAAAUGGUUUGUCCAGGCAGAGCUAGUAAAUAGCAGGUGGGCAAUGUUGGGUGUUGCUGGGAUGCUGUUGCCUGAAGUUUUCACCAACAUUGGCAUCAUUAAUGUUCCCAAAUGGUACGAUGCUGGCAAAUCAGAAUACUUUGCCUCGUCCUCCACCCUUUUGGUGAUCGAGUUCAUUUUGUUUCACUACGUUGAGAUCAGAAGGUGGCAAGACAUCAAGAAUCCCGGAAGUGUUAACCAAGAUCCCAUUUUCAAGAACUACAGCUUGCCUCCAAAUGAAGUUGGAUACCCUGGUGGCAUUUUCAACCCCUUGAACUUCGCCCCCACUGAGGAGGCCAAGGAGAAAGAGCUUGCUAACGGAAGACUAGCAAUGUUGGCAUUCUUGGGAUUUGUGGUUCAGCACAAUGUGACUGGGAAGGGGCCAUUUGAGAACCUGUUGCAGCACCUCUCAGACCCAUGGCACAACACAAUUGUCCAGACAUUCGGCGGUUAAUUUUUACAUAUUGGAGAUGAAAUUAAAUGAAAUGAAAUAUCAUCUUUCUUAUAUGUAAUAUUGACCCUGAUUUGAUCUGUAUUUGUAAACAAGGAGCCUUUAAUGUACAGGGAACUCAAAUGGCAUAGUCUCCUCUGAAUUAUUCACAAAUAUAAACAGUUUCACUAA